AUGGCGUUUGUCUCCCCAAGGCCCCGCUGGCGGGAUGGAGCCCGGUGUUCCUGGGGACGGCUGAACCCCCCCCGCCACGGGGGGCAGGGCACGGAGCCCUCCCUUCGCUUUGCUUGGUGCGGGAAGCAGCCGCUCUCAGACGCCAUCCCGGGGUCCCGCAUCGUGGGGGGACAGGACGCCGUGGUGGGCUCCUGGCCCUGGGCCGUCAGCCUCCAGCUCCGCCGGCCCGGCAACAGCUUCACCCACGUCUGUGGGGGAGUUCUGGUGAACGAGAACUCGGUCUUGACGGCGGGCCACUGCGUGACGGGAAGGGAGAACCUGUACUCCUGGAGAGCAGUUUUGGGCACGCAUAACCUGCAGAAAUUUAGCAGACACACAGUGAAAAGAAAGAUCAGAAGCAUCACGGUGCACCCGGAAUUCAAGAGGGAAACGUUUGAGAACGACAUCGCGCUGUUUGCGCUGGGCUACGCCGUCCGGUACAACGGGCACAUCCAGCCCAUCUGCCUGCCCCCCGCCGAGCUGCCCCCGGCGCUGGAGAACGGCACCGACUGCUUCAUCAGCGGCUGGGGACGCACCUACGAGCAAGGUGAUGCUUCGGCUGUGUUAAGAGAAGCUCAAGUGGAAAUCAUCCCUUACAGCACCUGCAACGGCUCGGACUCCUACGGGGGGCUGGUGAACAGGAACAUGCUCUGCGCCGGCUCUCGCUCCGGGGAUGUCGACGCCUGCCAGGGAGACAGCGGUGGACCUUUGGCCUGUUACCACGCUGGGACCAACACGUACUACCUCAUGGGCAUUUCCAGCUUCGGCCUGGGCUGCGGCCGACCGGCGUAUCCCGGGAUCUACGUCCGCCUGACGCAGUACAGAGCGUGGAUAGCAUCGGAGCUGCAGAGCAGCACGGCCAGGAGCCCCCUCAGCAUCCCCCUGACUGUCUGCCUGACUCUGGCAGGGAUGGCACUCGUGUAGACCUGCUGAAGGGACAACCCAUCGUGUCAUCGCCGGGGGGUCGGUUUGCCCCUUAAACCGUGGAAAGAGCCAACUCCUGUUUCACAACAAACCCGAGAGCCAAAGGACACACUUAUUUUUCAGAAGUCAUGUUUGCAAUUGUGUUGCCUUUUUUGUUUCCUGCCUUUGCUAUCCCCACUAACAGCGGAGCAAACGAUUACAG